AAUUGAUUGUUCGCUCAGGUCCCAGAAAUAUGAAUAAUUCAUUUAUGCUUAUGAGACGCGCUGACGUCACGGACGACGUGGGAUUCCGUUAGAGGACGUAACGGCGACGUCGUGGACUGGUCUCAGCCCGGGAGGGGGGAGGGGAGGCAGGCGAGUGGGACUUGCUGAGUCCCUGGUGCAUGGGAGGUUGCCGCUGCUGGUGGUGUUGUGCUGGGGGACUGGAGGGGGCGCUGUCACAGGAGGGAGCGCCGACGGUGCCAAUCCGGAGAGCCAGGGCGACCCGGACGCCAGCGACCACCCCCCGCGCCCCUUGAUGGCGACCUCGGUGGAGGACGAUGCCGUCCGGGAGGUGACACUUCUCAAGCCCGAGUACCUGUCCGCCGUCGGAGUGGAGGAUCUGUGCCAUCGCCCGGGCAGGAUGCUGACGCCCGUCCGCGAGGAGGUCGCCCUGUCCCCUGGUGCCAAGGAUGAGGAUGAGAACACGGCGGAGCUGAGCCGGCCGAAGAACGGGCUCCAGCCCUUGCAGCAGCAGCGGGCCUUCAAGCGGAGGAAUAGUCUGAACGUGGGUUUCAAGCACCCUGGGUUCAAGAGGAGGCGCCGUGCCAACUCUGACUGCGAUCCAGUGCUGCCCAGCAACUUCCUCCUGGGUGGCAACAUCUUCGACCCGCUCAAUCUCAACAGCCUGCUGGACGAGGACGUCAACAAGGCUCUCAAUGCCGAGACCCCCAAGUCCUCACCUCUGCCCAGCCGCAACCGUGACCCAGUGGAGAUCCUCAUUCCCAAGGACAUCACCGACCCACUCAACCUCAACAAUGACUCCGAGGUCCUGCCGUCGCCCCUGAAGUUGGGCCGCAAGAGGCGACACCGUCAUUACCACCACCCACCCGGCCAGCCGACUCAGUCUGCUGAACCAGCGGAGAGGAGCCAGGUUCCCCCGCUCGAUCCCAGUGCCCGGGAUUGCCCCGUGGGCCAGAACUCGGCAGCUGCAAAUUUGGGGCCGGGGAACUCCGAAGUACCGGCUGAGUCGGAGGGCCCCCAGCCCUAUGAGCUCAACACCGUCAUCAACUGCAGAGAUGAGAUUGUGUCGCCCGUCCUUCACGGCUCUGAGCAAGCUCCGACCGGAACCCGGCAUCGCAAGCGGCGCCGGACUACCAGCAAAUCCGAGAUGGGCAAGGUCCCUGCCGGCUCAGAGGAAGAGCCCAGGCUGCCAGGUGCUGAUGCCAAGAAGACGACGACAGAUAAGACUAAGGGCAAGUCGUCUCACCACCACCACCAUCACCAACACCAGCAACAUAGUCUCCAGCGCCACUCCAGCCUGUACCGUGACGGCAAGGCCCAGCCCAACUUCCAGAGCAAACAGAAGCGGUUCCAAUACGGCAACUACACCAAGUACUACGGCUACCGCAACCCCGGGCGCUGCGAGGAUCCCCGGCUCGGCUUCUUCAAGCCUGAGUGGUUCCGGGGCAAGGACAUCCUGGACCUGGGCUGCAACGUGGGCCACCUAACGCUCAGCAUCGCCAAAGACUUGAAGCCCUCACGCGUUGUGGGCAUCGACAUUGACGGUGGCCUCGUCCACACGGCCCGACAGAACAUCCGCCAUUUCCUGUCACAGGACGUGCUGCCGUCGCAGGGCGACGGGCAAGUGAAGAGGCGUUUCCCGCUGUCGCUGACCAAAUGCAAGGGCCCGAUCGCAGCCCCACCCGUGACUGUGGAUCACUGUGUGACCGAGUUCCCCAAUAACGUCACCUUCAUCCAGGGAAACUACGUGCUGGAGAAGGAUGAAUUGCUGGAGACGCAGAGGCCAGAGUACGAUGUCAUUCUGUGCCUAAGUUUGACAAAAUGGAUUCAUCUCAACUGGGGCGACGAGGGGCUCAAACGGAUGUUCAAACGCAUUUACAGGCAUCUGCGGCCUGGUGGCAUUUUCAUCCUGGAGCCGCAGCCCUGGUCGUCUUAUGGGAAGCGGCGGAAAAUUACGGAGACAAUCUACAAGAACUACUAUAAGAUUAUCUUUAAACCGGAUCAGUUUACGUCUUAUCUGUUGUCCCCAGAGGUUGGGUUUUCCAGUUACGAACUGGUGGGAACACCUCAAAGCACAUCUAAAGGGUUCCAGCGGCCGGUUUACCUCUUUCACAAAGGGUCAUCCAUCUAGUGCGAACUAAGACUUCCAAAGCCAGCUCCUGGCUGCUAUUUCACUUUCUUUUGUGCAUCAAUGGCUCUUUCCCGACCCUCUCCUCUCUCUUGUCGAAGCCAGUGGAAGACCCUGCACGGGACACGUGGUCUAUCGUCAUGAGCACUGCCUUUAUUUUUCCGUUUGUUUUAAAUUGACAAGCUGUUAAUCUCGAUCUGCUUCACAUAAAAGCCUCAACGAAUGUAUAAAGAGAAAGGAAACGCAUACUAGGGUUACAAAAAAAAAACUGCAUUUGCUGGCUUCAGGCACCUCUUGGGUGGGGAAGGGAGCACGUGAGCUAUUUUAGAAAGUGUAACUUCUGCUCUUGAAUUCACAGUGCGCCAACACUGUCAGCAUUGCCUCCAGGAGAGUUUCAGCCCCUUUUUCUGACAAAGCCCCAUUAUUUGGUUAUGUGGGAAUGCACGGAUUUCUUGUGGAGUGGCAGGGGGAGGAAUAUCUAUUAAACACAGUUUCAUCUGUGAUGUCUCUCCAUCAAAAUGGCCCUACGUACUGUUGCAUUGUUUUAAUAUCGUAUCCUCCAGUGCGUCAGCCACUUGUCCAUAGGGUAAUUUGCCACUUCUCUCUCUUCACCCAGUCCUCACCAAAAAAUAAAGUUUUGCUGCAGAUUAUAAACCGGCCAAACCCUGAAACCUGUUGGGCUUGUAGAUGCAACUAAAAUCAUCCAUUGUUAUUCUGUUAGAAUGAUUGGUCAUGAAUUUGGGGACAUGGUCAUGUUGAGCUGUGUGCAGACCCUUGUCAUGUGGUGGUGACCAUUUCCAUUGCCCUGGUUGGUAUGAGCACAGCUUGUGAGCAAUGUUGAGCUUUGAGAUUGAUCCAAAACUUUAUGGCUAGUGGUCUGGAAUAGUCACUCAUAACUUAAUUCUAACAGUUGCUGCAGUUGGUAUUGCUACAUCUUUUUGGUUCCCC